GAAGACGUCUGAUCUCUGACCCGCCACGCCACUGGGAGCGCGCGGGGCCUACUGGGACUUGUAGUCUCUACAAACUGGGAGUGUCCGGUCCGGAAUCUCAGUUGCUGUCUCCAAGCUGAGGCAACGCGGACGCGCGUGCGCAGUGCGCGGGCGGGCCGUCGUGGGCGCCGCUCCCGGCAGCUGAGUCCCUGUGGGAGCCGGGGCCGCGGUGGCGCGGGUGCUCCGGGCUGAGUCCGCGUGUAAUGUUCAAGCCCAGAAAUGCCUUAUGUGGAUCGUCAGAAUCGCAUUUGUGGUUUUCUAGAUAUUGAAGAAAAUGAAAACAGUGGGAAAUUUCUUCGACGGUACUUCAUACUGGAUACCAAAGAAGAUAGUUUUGUGUGGUACAUGGAUAAUCCACAGAACCUACCCUCUGGAUCAGCACGUGUUGGAGCCAUUAAACUUACCUACAUUUCAAAGGUUAGCGAUGCAACUAAACUAAGACCAAAAGCCGAGUUCUGUUUUGUUAUGAAUGCAGGAAUGAGGAAAUACUUCCUACAAGCCAAUGACCAGCAAGACCUAGUAGAAUGGGUGAAUGUCUUGAACAAAGCUAUAAAAAUUACAGUACCAAAGCAGCCAGACUCACAGCCUAAUUCUGAUAACCUUAAUCGCCAAGGUGAAUGUGGGAAAAAACAAGUGUCUUACCGAACUGACAUUGUUGGUGGUGUACCCAUCAUUACUCCAACUCAGAAAGAAGAAGUAAAUGAAUGUGGUGAAAAUACUGACAAAAAUAAUUUGAAAAGAUCACAAAGCCAUCUUCCUUACUUUACUCCUAAACCCCCUCCAGACAGUACCGUCAUCAAAGCUGGAUACUGUGUAAAGCAAGGAGCAGUGAUGAAAAACUGGAAGCGAAGAUAUUUUCAGUUGGAUGAAAACACAAUAGGCUACUUCAAAUCUGAACUGGAAAAGGAACCUCUCCGUGUGAUACCACUUAAGGAAGUUCAUAAAGUCCAGGAAUGUAAGCAAAGUGACAUAAUGAUGAGGGACAACCUGUUUGAAAUUGUAACAACAUCUCGAACUUUCUAUGUGCAGGCUGAUAGUCCUGAAGAGAUGCACAGUUGGAUUAAAGCAGUCUCUGGCGCCAUCGUAGCACAGCGAGGGCCUGGAAGAUCAGCAUCUUCUAUGCGGCAGGCUAGAAGGCUGUCGAACCCUUGUAUACAGAGGUAUACAUCAAGAACUGGUGAAUGCGGCACGAGCAUUCCACCUGUCCUCCAGAAUCCAAACACACUGUCCGUUCUGCCAGCACAGCAGCAGCCACCUCACAUUCCACAGCCUCUCGCAGCCACUCUUUGGUCUCAAGCCUUACCAUGGAGAAGCGAGGAUUUUACGAAUCUCUUGCCAAGGUCAAGCCAGGGAACUUCAAGGUCCAGACUGUCUCUCCAAGAGAACCAGCUUCCAAAGUGACUGAACAAGCUGUGCUAAAACCUCAAAAUGGCCCUCAGGAAAAAGAUGGUGAUCCAGUGGACUUGGACGAUGCAAGCCUUCCAGUCAGCGAUGUGUAAGCUGGAAGUGAUGUGGGGCCUGACCGCCCCUUCUAUCCUUCAGUGUCCUUUCAGGAGGCUUCUAGCCAAAGAUGAUAAAGAUUGAAGUGGUUUUUAAUAAUAUGUAUUAUACUGGCUCUUAGAUACGUUCUUUACAAGCUGGUAAACCAAGAAUCUAGGGAGCAGCCAAACUAAAUGUAAUUCCUUUAAGAAACAAAAACCAUUAAUUGUCUCAAUAUCAGCUGUUUGAAGCUUUAUAUAUUCUCAUUUGGGUGGUAAAAAUGUGUGUGUGAUACUUUUUUUCCUUAGUGACUUUGCCAGUUUACAUAUUUAGCAACUAAAAACAUUAAAAAUGCUUAAUUAUUUUGACCCUUUAAAAAAUGCUAUUAUGACUUCCUAUUAAAUGUUCAAUAUUUACACAUUCUUACUCAUUAAUAUUAUCACAUGAAAUAUGCCAGACUAAGAUGUCUAAAGUCAUAAUGUCUGUGGUGCUGCAAAAUUUUUACUGCAAUGUGGACUAUUUUGAAAUUAUAACCAUUUUUGAUCCCUAGAUCUUGAGUUGAGUGGUAAAUUUUGCAAAGAAGCUAUGACUAGAUCUUUGAUAAUUAUGGUGGGUUGUCCUGGGUUAGAAAAAAGAAAAUGAGAAUUCAAACAAGUGUAUAUCUGAGAUAUUUGGUUGAAAAGACCUAGGACUUGGAAUGGUUAGUGCUUUAUUCAGCAAAAAUUACAAAAUUGGAAAUUUUGAGGAGCUCUGAUUUUUAUCAAAGUUUUGUAAAUAAUUCUUAUUUCUAUAUUUGGAUCAGUGAAAGAACUCAAGUUUAUAUGUAAAGACAUAACUGCCCUUAGUCAUGAAAUUGUUAUGGCCUCUAUUUUUUGUCACUAAUAACCUAUAUUCAAGUGCCUGUGUUUUUUCAUCUCGUUUAGGGAUGUUUUGAGGUUAAUGUGUUCAACAAUCCUAUAUGAUUGGCUUUAAAUAUUGGAAUAAAUUAAUUUUCAAUAGCAUAGUUUAAUGUGUUAAAAAAAAGUAUCAUUUUAUGUUAAGAGAUACCAGAAUUCUGGUGUUUUUCUACAUGUGCAAUAUAUAUUUUAUAAAACAAAAUCUGAGUGUACAUUCAAUCAAGAGGAUAUCAUGAAUAAAAUCACUUCCCUAAAGAAUCCUUAGUUUCAGUUGUAGAAUAGUAGAACAGUUUGAGCAAAUACUAUUUGGCAGUUCAAUCCUUAACAGUUGCUUUAAGAAAAACAGUCUUGAAUUUCACAUGCUGCUAUUUUAUGAUGUUUUACUAUUUUACAGUGCUGUUUUGUUUUGAAUUCAUGCAUACUGUUUUGUUUCUUUUCAUUUUCUAAAGUGACUUUAUCUGUGAGCGAGAGAGGAAUUUCCUACUCCAGUAGUGGGGUCCUGAAGUUAAGAUAGAUCAUAAUAGAAUUACUCAGUUUUAGUUUAAAAAUUGAAAUGUACAAGAAUAUACCACCAACUCUUUUUAUUCAUAAGCUAAUGUUUUUUAAAGUUACAGAUUUUUCUUUUGCAACUACAUUUGGAAGUUGUUAGAAUGAAAAGGUUUUAAGUAGUUACCACUUUUUCUGCUGACAUACAUUAUAAUGGCUCUUUUAAAGCAGAAUUUGUUUUUUAUAAAUAUAUCUAAGAAAUAUGUGUAGACACUUUGCAGUAUUCGAGAGCCUGAUGCCGUUUUCUUUCGUACAAUGUCCACAUUGCAUGUGCAUUUUAGCAUAUUUUGGUAUUAGUAAUUUGAUGUUUCGUGGUGGCAAGAUAUUAGCUCUAUUUUGGGAUUUUUUUUUUUUUUUUUAAUAGAACUAUCCUGUUGCAUAGGAAAAUGUUCUUGUGAUGGUCAGGGUCUCCUAAUAUUUAUCUCCCAUCUUUUAUAAGUCUAUGGAAAUUAUUUAAUUAUUUUAAAACUUACACUUUUCUUGUAAAUAUGUCACACCUAAAGUGUCAGAAAUUUGAAUACCUUAAUGUUUGCUGCAUUUUUUCUGUGUAUACAACAUGUCUUCUUUCAGAAUGAGAAUGUGUACCUCCCAAUGUUUACUGUUAAUGUCUUUUAUCUUUAUAUGUCGAUCUGAUUGAACACUGUAAUGACUGAUAAUAAACUAUUCAGAAUUCA